AUGGCGGUGGAGGAGAUGGAUUGCGGCGUGAGUCGGCCGGAAGUGUCGACGCCGAUGAACCCUCGGCAGCAGUGGCACAAGCUGGACGUGUACAACGAGGUGCUUCGUCGCCUCAAGGACUCUGAUUGCCCUGAGGCUCGCGCUGUUUCAUUCGAUGAUGAGCUUUGGGCUCAUUUCAAUCGUCUCCCAGCUAGGUAUGCGAUGGAUGUGAAUGUUGAGAGAGCUGAGGAUGUUCUGACCCACAAGAGAUUGCUGCAAUUGGCGCGUGAUCCUGCCAACAGGCUUGCAUUUGAUGUCCGGAUUGUUCAGGUCCCUGUUAAUCUUGAGUCAAAUAGAGGUGAUUCUUCUUUUUCCAAUGCGCAAGGGAAAGAAGAUGCACAAUGCUCUUCAAGUUUGCACCCUCCUCUUGCCUUUGGUUCAUCUGCAAACAUUGAGGCUCUCGUCCUUGAAUCCAGCAACGCUCAAUCUCAGGAUGAAAAUAAGGAUGCCUCAUACUUUCCCAGUCCCAUUCAUGAAAUAACCUUUUCAACAGGUGACAAGCCCAAGAUUCUAAGCCAGUUAACAUCUUUGCUUUCUGACGUUGGCCUUAACAUUGAAGAGGCGCAUGCAUUUUCCACUAAUGAUGGUUACUCAUUAGAUGUUUUUGUUGUUACUGGUUGGCCUUAUGAGGAGAUUGAUCAACUUAGGAAUGCAUUGGAGAAGGAACUCCGCAAAAUCGAGAAGCACACGGGUAAAACUAAUUCAUUGUCUUCUGUGAUUGAUGAUGGACAAGCUGGGGAGCAAUCGCUUUAUGCCUACAUCCAAAUACCUUCAGAUGGCACUGAUGUAUGGGAAAUUGAUUUCUCACUCCUGAAAUUUGGGAAAAAAGUUGCAUCUGGGUCAUACGGUGACCUUUACCGAGGCAGUUACUAUAGUCAAGAUGUAGCUAUUAAAGUACUCAAGCCUGAGCGCUUGAAAGAGAAUAUGAUGCAUGAAUUUGCACAAGAAGUGUAUAUCAUGAGGAAGGUUCGUCACAAAAAUGUUGUGCAGUUUAUAGGUGCAUGUACAAGGUCAUCAAGCUUGUGUAUUGUCACAGAGUUUAUGUCUGGGGGAAGCAUAUAUGACUUCCUGCACAAACAAAAGGGUGUUUUCAAGCUCCCGGCUUUGCUCAAAGUGGCAGUUGAUGUUUCUAAAGGAAUGAAUUACUUGCAUCAGAACAAUAUUAUCCACCGGGACCUGAAGGCGGCAAACCUUCUAAUGGAUGAAAAUGAGGUUGUGAAGGUUGCUGAUUUUGGGGUGGCUCGUGUUAAGGCUCAAUCCGGAGUAAUGACUGCAGAAACAGGCACAUACCGUUGGAUGGCUCCUGAGGUCAUAGAACACAAGCCUUAUGAUCACAAGGCAGAUGUAUUCAGUUUUGCUAUUGUGCUCUGGGAACUGUUGACUGGAAAGAUUCCGUAUGAAUACAUGACCCCGCUCCAAGCAGCAGUUGGUGUGGUUCAAAAGGGUUUGAGACCUACAAUUCCUAAGAACACAAAUCCAAAACUUGCUGAACUGCUCAAGAGAUGUUGGCAACAGGACCCAUCUCUCAGACCUGACUUCUCAGAAAUUCUUGAGAUACUUCGUACUACAACGAAAGAGGUUGAAGACCGGCCGAAGGAGAAGUCGAAUCGUUUUCUUUCAGUUAUCAAGCGAAACCAUUGAAGUAAACGUAUUUAUAGUGAAUAAAACGACCGAUUCAAUGUGUUCUUGUUAUUUGUAUGAGAAUUUUGGUUCUUCUUGUCAGUAAUAUUCUUUCUUCUUGGCUUCAUC